UCCCGGACUACAGAGACCAAGCCAGUGGAGCCGCCCCCUUCUUCCAAGUCCCGAGCUACUUCUGCUGCCAGAGUAUUUCCCUCUUCUGGCUUUCAACUCAUCGAUAAGUCAGUGAGGCUCGAGGAAGAGGCAUUCCAAUGGUACUCUCCCAAGAAGUUCUAUGCCCCCCGCAUCGGUGAGGUCUUCCAAGAAACGUAUCAAGUGAUCACCAAGCUCGGCUACGGCGCUGCCUCUACCACGUGGCUAUGUCGCGAUCUUCGAAAGCACCGUUAUGUCACUGUGAAGAUAUACGCUCUGGGCCAGAAACAAACCAAGAGGGAGCUCGCUGCUUUGAUGCACAUCAACGCCGUCAUCACAGCCUCUCCUCGCAUCAGGCAUAUCGGCACGGCCAAUAUUCGGAUACUGGUUGACCAGUUUAAGAUUGCGGGCCCGAGACCGCCUCGGGGAAACCUGUGUCUUGUCUACAAGCCACUGGCGAUGUCGCUGGCUGAGAUGAGGAAGACAGGAUUUGGCGGCCGACUUCCCAUCGAUGUGGUAAAGAGCAUCGUCUUCUACCUCCUGCGAGCCCUUGACUUCCUUCACCGUAAAGCAAAUCUUGUUCAUGCAGACAUACAAGAGGACAACAUCUUGCUCUCACUCGAGGAUGAGGCGGAGCUGCGAGAGGUCGAGGAAGGGGAAAUGAGCGAUCCUAGCCCACGAAAGUUGUACAAGGACCGCACCAUCUACUCUUCCAGGCUGCUUGAGCUAUCUGCGGGAGUGCCAGUUCUUUGCGACUUCGGCGAGGCCCGCUUUGGACGAGAGUCAUACGGGGAACACGUGCUACCGGAUCUUUACCGCGCUCCAGAAAUAUUACUGCGUAUCGAGUGGGACGAAAAGAUAGACAUACGGACAUUGGGGCUUGUAGUAAGCAUCCAGAGAUCGGACUUGUCUCACAUAUGGACCAUGGUGGAGGGGACGAACCUAUUCACUAACAAUAGGGGAGGCCGGUGGAAGUCUGCUCUGCCUCACAUGGCCCGCAUGAUCAGUCUCUUAGGGCCACCGCCACAGGACUUGUUAGAUAUCACGCCUGUUACAAAGGCCUACUUUGACAGGGACGAGGAGGAGGCAACUGCUCUCGAGGGUGUCGAGAAGGCGGAAUUCUUACGCUUCGUCAGGCGCUUGUUGCAAUGGGAGCCGUCAAAGCGGCCCUCGGCCCGUGAGCUACUUAAAUACUCGUGGCUG